AUGAUCAUCACAAAACAAAAGGAAAACGAGGAACUUCAUGGAGUCCUCCUUUUCAAUUCAUCAUCAACAAGCAACAACUCAACAACCUCUUCACCAUCAUCCAAGAAAAUAAAACAAGAUGGAACAACAGCCACUAACCGAGCUCUGUUUACAUCUAACACAACUUCUCAAGAAAAGAGAGAAUUAAAACGAUUGAAAUUAAUGUUUGAGGAGUGGUAUCGGGAAAAUGUUGGAACAUCUUUAAAGUCUGGUGGUAUUAAUACUGAUGUUGCUAUAAAUACUACGGAUCAUACAAAAACCAAUGCUCAAGACGAGGACAUGGAGGAUGAAGAGGAAGGAUUUUCUUCGGACGACGCCAACUCGGAUGAAGAGGAAGAUUAUGACAAUCUUUCAUCAAAGGCUGAGAGUAAACCAAUGAAAACAAGAAGUUCCAAUACAUCAUCAUCUUCAUCAACACCAACUAGGAAAUCUGAUCGCCAAUUAAAAAACACGGCCAAGCUAAAAAUUUCUGUACAACAACUCAUCGAAGAGGGAUAUUUACGUGAUGGAGAAUAUUUGUAUUUCAAAGGAUUUAAAAACGAAUUAUCUUUCAAAAUCGAUAAAGAGAAGGGAAUAAUAUGGAAAGGGAAUUCAUUUUCUUAUUUGAAACCAUUUUUCUUGAGAUUAAAGGAGGAUUUUGGACAAAAGAAAACAUGUAAUCCUUGGAACAGUUUUUAUGCAAUACGUGAUGGAGAAAGAGUUCUACUACGACAAUUUCGAAACGACUUGUUAAAAAGUAUCGAUUCUAAUUAUCGAUCAAAGGAGAGGAGUUCAGAAAAGAAAAAAAGAAAGCGAAAUUCCUUUGUAAAAGUAACCAUAUCCGACAUGGUUGAAAGAGGACUUCUCAAGAAUGGUGACUCGGUAUAUCUUGUCGAUGGCAGCAACACCUACGAUGCCAUCAUUGUAGAAGGAAAAUACAUUGGUUACACAGAUGGAAAAGGAAAAUUACACAAAUUCGAGACAACCAAUUCGUUUAAAUCAUUUCUAGGCACAAACGGAGGUAGUUGGAACAAGACUUUUGUAUCUGGGACAGGAGGUAAUGGCAAACCAGAUAAGUCGUUCCAAGAUCUCCGAGAUUUAUUCUUGAACAGUGAAUCCAAAAACUAA